CUCGAAACGGAUUUUAUAUCCGGAAAUAAAUGAUCUCAGAGCGGUCCAUUCGCCAGCAGAAUUUCCGCUUUUGUGUUUUUACCAUUGGCGAUUCGAUCACAGCGACCCUGAUUCCUUUUGACUUGCUUUGUUUGACAUUAUUUUUCUCGUUACUGAAUACCGUCCCAGAUCCUUUCUGACACCAUUUUUUAUUCUUUUCCAACUUUUAUAACAUCUCGAGUAUACCGUAGUACAGCGCAACUGCGUAGCCGUGAUUUGUUGUCCUGCUGUCGAUUCUGCGCGCUUUCCACCGUUUUCCCGUAGUCCCGCGAUGGCCCGCAAACGCGGCACCCUUCGCCUGACAGCACCGCACGCCCGCAAACGCAAAUCCCGCGCCAAGCAGCCCGUGGCCCCCGCUGUGGAGGAGACAUGGUCCGUCGAGGACAUCCUCGAUGAUAAAGCUGUCGUGAGCGGGAGAAACAAAACUCACGAGUUCCUGAUUAAAUGGCGUGAUUGUCCGCCGGAGCAGAACAGCUGGGAGCCCCUAGAUAAUCUCCUGGCGGGGGAGUGGAACCCCAAGGAGGAGGUCAUCGAUUAUCUGGAGGCCAAGUACAAGGGCGGCAUGGUACUGCUGGAGGAGCUGCCGGGGAAGGGGUCCAAAGGAAAAAUCAAGUAUUCCAUUGUGACGAGGGAGAAACAGCGGGAGAUGCAGCGGAAGGGGACGCUGGAUAAGGAACUGAAGGAAUCCGUCAAAGAAAUUUCCUCGAAGAAAUCCGCGACCAAACGAGCGGCCAGUAGUUCUUCGGAACGACUGCGCGAACAGCACCGUGUCGAGCUGGGAUUGCGCGCCGAUCCGAAACCGCGCAGCAACCUGCUGCCCGAGAGCAUCGUGAAGCGUCCCACGACGGCGGCCCGCCGGACAUCCCGCGUCCCGAUUACGGCGCCAUCCGCUGCGGAGUCACGCAAGCGCAAACCGGACACGACGGAUGACGAGUCUUCGGCGUCGGACACGAGCUCCGUGCAGAUUCUGGGAUCGGUCAGCAGCUCCAGUUCGGUGCAGAUUAUCGACGAUUCCAGUGGCGAGUUGUCGGAGCCCAGUCGCAAGCGCCGCUCCAUGCCCGUCCGCGCCGCCGUUCAACGGCCAUCAUCACCGGAAAUCCUCCGGGGCGACCAGCGCAAGAAGCCUCCGCCGCCGUCAGCCGGCUCGAAAGCGGACAAAUGGACAGCGGAAGAUGAGGCGACCCUACGCGACGAUCUGUUUCUAUCGGACGACGAAUCGGACGCCGACUCGGAAUCCGACUCCGACGCCAGCGAACCGGAAGCGUCCCAAACCGACGCGGCCGUCAUCGCCGGCCCGGGACCCUACAAAAUCAUCGACCACGAGGAGCCGGUGACGGGCGGCGGGCGCGCCUCCCCCUCCACCUGGAUGUACACCGUCCUGCUGUGGCCGGCGGGCUGCAAGGUCCCGCCCAAGGUCCCGCCGGCCCGCCACACCUACGCCUGGUGCGAGCAGGAAUACCCGCUGGCGCUGCAGGCCUACCUGCAGUCCGUGUUGCGCUGUGAAGAGCAGCGCCGGCAGCGGAUGCUCAAGGAGAAACAGCAGAAGCGCGCCCGCCGGGUCCGCGAGGAGGCCGAGGAGAUUGUCAAGUUUGCCGCGCUGGAGGGCGGCUAUGAGCUGCUGCUGGAGUUUAUGGAGAAGGGACAGACGCCGGGCGCCGUGACACUGGAUGAUUUUCCCGCGUUCCACCGGAAAGUGGACGCCGUUAUGCGGCAAAACCAGCAAGGAGCAGCGGGAUCCUCCAAAACCAACGCGUAGAUCGAUACUCACCCGUUUUUAAGGAAAUUUCCACAUUUUACAUUUUUAUAGAUUUGAACUUUCGCUAUAAACUGGUUUUUAAUUCUCUAAUUCGGAAUUGAAUUUUUUACAUUAUAUUGGAGCUUGUGCGUUCGUUUAGUUUAUAGUUGUUCUAAACUUGUACAUUUGUGUAACCGUAUACGGCUCUAACCCAUGAUGGAAUGCGUUGACGGCAUCUUCACUUUUAAAUUUCAGGAUUUGCAGAGAGUUGCACACAAAUAAGCUGUGGAAUGGUGAAUUUUUAACAGUGAUAAAUAGCAUUCUUUUUCGCUUACUGACAGAUCUGAUAUUCUUAGCGGUUUCUGUGUUU